CACUUCUCCGCUCUCGUUGAUGGGAGAACAUCAAGGUGUUGCAGUCAAACAAGUUUGGAAAAGUUCUCGUGUGUUUUCAAGCUCAACAGAAGGAUCCCUUGACCAGUUAACCUUUGAGAACCUGGCGGAGGAAACUCUAGAGAAUCUACUAGAAUUCCUGGAGGAGCUUGGAGAUGAAGAAGACUCUCUGACAGAUUUUGACGUCACAUACUCGUCGGGCGUGUUAACAGUGAGCUUUGGGGCCGACCACGGCACGUACGUCAUUAACAAGCAGUCACCUAACAAACAGAUAUGGCUGUCUUCACCAACAAGCGGCCCCAAACGGUAUGACUAUGUGAAUAAUGAUUGGGUUUAUUCCCAUGAUGGCAUCCCUAUGCACAAUUUACUCUCAGAGGAAAUCUCCAAGAUCGUCGGCCGGACUCUUGACUUUUGUGAGGUGAUGAGGACAAGUGAUACGUGACAUGAAGUAGGUGCUGCAGAGACAUUGAUCAAACCAUAAAUACUUCCAAGAAAAGGGCGGAUGUGUGUAACAACUUCAGAGAUUAUACCUCAUCGUUUCGAGUGGCAGAUAUUUGCAAUCACAGAAAGUGGUGCAGCUUUCAUCAAUCGGUGAUUUAAACUGGACACAUGCGGCCUGUUUUUCUGUCUAAGGAGUUAUUGUAUUAUGUUGAGCAGAUGAUAAUAAUAGUAGCUUCUUAUAUAGCGCACACAUCCAUCACCCAGUGACGCUGAAGGCGCAUUCAACAUACAGUAUUUUCCUGCAAGGUAUGUGGGAUUACGUUUGAGUUAUGAGACCUAAACCUAUCCCAUAGCACCAUGUAAUGGUUUACAAGGUGCUGUGGCGCAAUAUGCUGCCAAUCAUGUAUGUAUGAUAGGAUUCAUGUAAAACUUUAUUGAAGAAAAUGUUGGCAGUCAUUUUCAUUUUAUAUCAUUUUAAAUCCUAAAUGUUUUCAUAAAUUUGUUUCAAUUCGCAACUUCUGUUAUUUAUAACCUUGCUCAUCUGCUAGGACAAUUUGAAUUAAUAUGCUAGAUGUUAAACCAAUGUAUUUAUGACAGGCCUGUGAGCGGGUCAUGAAAGAAAAAGCGGAAAAUUGUUGUCCGGAUUUUGGGCCAGCACUACGAACGUAAUAAAAGGCUUUAACUAAAAA